UUCCAUUCAGUUUCCGAAUUUUCACUCAGCCACAACAGAACGGAAAAAAUAUAUUUUUACUAGUUAAAUUGAAUUGAUAGUAAAAAGAAAAAUGGCAGAGAUUAAGCGAGAAACAAAAAAAACCCGCGAGGACUUGCCUGCUGUAAAGGAACUUGAUAAUUUGUUUUCUGAUAUGUUCCUCAAGUUGAACCAGUUUCGAAAGAAUAUCGAUAAUGUGGUAUCAUCCUUGGAAACUGUAGGGGUGGAGUCUCUGGUGGAUGAUACCAAGUCGUCGAAACUUCAGGAUAUAGAAAUACCUACAAAGACAACUGAUUUGAAGAUCGAGAGUACUCGCUCCACUCCCCUUUUUUAUUCAAUGAUACCCAUGCCUGUCUCCGGAGUCACCAAGGAACUCACAUAUACACCUUUAAAUGUUCCGCCACCAAUUCCGGUCAAAGAGGUGACCACUCCAAUUAAGGAGAAGCCGAAGGGUCAACCUAACACUUUCCUCAAUAAUAAAGUACCAAUUGAGGUCUUACGCCAAAACACAAUUGGACCAUCACCACUUCCAAAGACAUGUCCAAAGGUAAUGCUGACCCCAAGAUCAAAAUCCGCACCAAGCCGACGACAAAUGCUAUGGUAUUGGACUUAGAGGCACACAAAUGAAAUCCUUGGAGAACUUAACCUUUUACAAGGAAGUCAAGACAUACAUUCCCAAAUCAAGAUAUUUCCUUGAUGACAACACCGCAAUUUAUACAAAAAUGUAUACAUUUUCCAUAUCAACUUGUUGGGUUCUCAAAUUAAUAAGGUUCUAGAACAUUAA